CAAAUGCGCUGAGUCUCUUUUCUCUCUCUAGAAUUCACCUCCCCCCUUUCAUCCUCAGUAUCAAACUAUAAAUUCACUCGGUCUCUCUCUUUUCUAUCUUUUCUCUCUUCUCCUUUCAUCGUUGCUUUCUCCGCCAUUUGAGACACCUCUUGCAUGCACACCUCCGCCCAAAUCUCCCGCAUUCUUUGUUUAAUGAUUUGCCCUAGCACAUUAUCUUCCCGCGCUGCACACGCUUACGUAUUUCAACUUCUAACGAUACAUACAUACAUUAUACAUACACGUUAUUGUAGAAUGGUGGCACUCGAUUCUUUAGACGAGUAUCUGUUUUCUGCGAGCAGAGCGUGUUGUAGUCCGCUCGCUAUUUUCGUUCAGAUCCAGGGAUAUGCCAUCUGCCUACUCCUUGCCCUUGGAUGGUCUUUAGCUGCUUAUGUAAGGAGACGGGAGAUUAGAACGAUAAAGGAUAGAAUAAAACGUGGUAAUAGCUUUGCGUUCCUCUGUAAGGACAUUAAUGAGCUUGAGCAUUCUAAUCAAAUCAACUUGCCAAGGGUGUCGGUUGUUAUGCCCUUAAAAGGUUUUCGAGAACACAAUCUACACAAUUGGAGAAGUCAGAUUACAUCACUUUUUGGUGGUCCAUUGGAGUUUCUUUUUGUUGUUGAGAGUACAAAAGACCCUGCUUACAGCGCUGUGCAGAAACUACUUGCAGAUUAUCAGGAUGAGGUUGAUGCAAAGAUAGUUGUAGCAGGUCUGUCAAAAACUUGUAGCCAGAAGAUUCACAAUCAAUUGUUUGGAGUGGAGAAGAUGCAUAAAGACACAAAGUAUGUACUGUUCCUCGAUGAUGAUGUAAGGUUGCAUCCUGGUUCAAUUGGUGCACUUACUGUUGAGAUGGAAAAGAAUCCUGAGAUCUUUAUUCAAACAGGAUAUCCUCUUGAUUUACCUUCUGGAAGUCUCGGGAGCUACUGCAUUUAUGAGUAUCACAUGCCCUGUUCAAUGGGAUUUGCUACUGGUGGAAAAACAUUCUUCUUGUGGGGAGGAUGUAUGAUGAUGCAUGCAGAUGAUUUUAGAAUAGAUCGCCAUGGUGUUGUUUCGCAGCUUCGAGAUGGUGGCUACUCAGAUGAUAUGACACUUGCAGCUAUAGCCGGUGCUAAUAAGAGGCUCAUCACUUCACCACCUGUUGCAGUCUUUCCUCAUCCGCUUGCAACUGAUCUUACCUUCCCGAGGUACUGGAAUUAUUUAAGGAAGCAAACAUUUGUCUUGGAGUCGUACACAACAAAAGUUAAUUGGUUUAUGAACCGUGCAUUAUUUGUUACCCACUGCUAUCUGUCAUGGGGAUUUAUAGCUCCAUAUUUCAUGGCUGGGUUUCACGUUGCAGCAGGGCUAAGGCAAUACUUUAAAGGUUUUUCCCCCGAGGAAUCGGUCUCCACAUUCACAGGUUUGUCACUGGCAAUCUGCCUUGCCAUAUGCUCAAUAAUUGAACUUCUUUCCAUGGGGAACUUGACAAGAAUAGAGGUGAAGUUGUGCAAUCUGCUUUCUCCGGAGGCACCUCCACUAUCACUCUAUACUUAUAACUGGUGUCUCGUUUUUAUGGCAAUGCUGGUAGACAAUUUCCUAUACCCCAUCUGUGCAUUCCGUUCAUAUUUUUCAAAGUCCAUCAAUUGGUCUGGCAUUCGAUAUCAUUUGAGGAAUGGGAAGAUCAGCAAGAUUGAUAGGCACAAGGAUAUUGUUCCUAAAUAUACAGAUUUAGGAGGAAAGAAGCUAAGAUGGAGGGGAGGUCCACCAAAGGUUUCUAUUAUCAGUUCUCUGUGCAGUAGUCUGGUUUGCUGGCGUCAGCGGUCAGCCAAAGAAGUAUGAUAUGUAGAUAUAUAGUAGAAACAUAGAGUAAAUAUCCAUUCUUUUUCUCCCUGCUCCUCUCUUACAAGGGACUGAAGGAGAACAUUCUUUUGAGAUUAUUACACCCCCCAUAACUGAUAGGGGCUGCAGAUGAAUGGCUGGGAUUUGUGGGCAAGUAGUUUUUAGUUUGUGUGUAAUUGAUUCAAAUUCAAACCUCCCAUAGUCCCAUGUUUUUGGGUUGGUUCUUGUAUUUUAGGUUAGUUUUUUCUCCAUCUAUUUGUAACACUGUUUUACUAUUGAUAGUUGUAAGAAAUUUUGUGUAAUUUUUUUUUUUUA